AAUGGCAUAGAGUGUCACCGUUCAAUGGCUGCCUCUUCCCAGGCUGAUGUCAGUCUGGAUGCCGAUGAGCGUUCAUUGCUAUUCUCAUGCCGUUUUGCGGCUUUUCUGCACGAGUUGCGUGACAACCCUAGUGCUCAAGGAGUACUUACUGUGCGCUGCCUUUUCGACGCCCAACAGGACUUCCUCAAGGAGUUUGGGUUCGCCGAUGCUUUUUGCAAGCAGAAGAAGGCAAGUCUGACCUCUAUAACAUUCCUAAAGCGAACACAACUCUUUGUCAUAUGUAUAAAUGCUUUUCACGAAGAUUUUUGUGUUCGCACCAACCCACUUAUGAAUUUAUGUAUUACAAAUGCCAUUGUUCUAUUAGCACUUCAUGGGUUGCUAAUAUUGUCGCAAAAUGCAUUUGUGACCAGAAGUUAG